GUUCUUGCAGGUUAUUGUGAUGGGUCAACACGUUUCGAGAACUGAUUUUGAGUGGGUUUACACAGAAGAACCUCAUGCAUCACGACGAAAAAUAAUCUUAGAAAAAUAUCCACAAAUAAAAAAAUUAUUUGGAUAUGACCCAAAGUUUAAAUGGGUGGUAACAGGGAUGGUCUUAACUCAGUUUAUCUCCAUAUAUUUUGUAAAAAAUUUAAGUUAUCCAAUGUUGUUCCUUCUAGCAUAUUGUUUUGGAGGUGUAAUUAAUCAUUCUCUUAUGUUAGCAAUACAUGAAAUAGCACAUAAUCUUGCUUUUGGACAUGCUAGACCCAGAGCUAAUAGAUUAUUUGGAUAUUUUGCUAAUUUACCUAUAGGUAUACCAGUAUCAGUCAGCUUUAAAAAAUAUCAUCUUAUACACCACCGUUAUCAAGGUGAUGAAAAAUUAGAUACAGAUUUACCAACACUACUAGAAGCAAAAUUAUUUUGCACAACAUUUGGAAAAUUCUGUUGGUUGUAUCUACAGCCAUUUUUUUAUGCAUUUAGACCUCUUGUUGUUUAUCCAAUGGCACCUACAUUAAUGGAAUAUAUAAAUUUAGUAAUACAACUUACUUUUGAUAGUUUGAUAUGGUAUUUUUUUGGUGGAAAAGCCUUACUCUAUUUACUUUCUGGAUCAGUAAUGGCAAUGGGAUUACACCCUGUUGCUGGACAUUUUAUAUCAGAACAUUAUAUGUAUAGAAAGGGUUUUGAAACUUAUAGUUAUUAUGGCCCAUUAAAUUGGAUUACAUUUAAUGUUGGAUACCAUAAUGAACAUCAUGAUUUUCCUGCUGUUCCUGGUUCAAGACUACCAGAAGUAAAACGAAUUGCUUCUGAGUUUUACGAUAACUUACCACAGCAUAACUCUUGGGUUUCUGUUUUAUAUGAUUUCAUUAUGGAUCCUGAUAUAGGUCCAUAUGCAAGAAUGAAGCGAAAACAUAAAGGACUUACUUCAUAAAAAAUUAAAAAUUAUUUAAUUUUUUAAUGAGUAAUCUUGUGAUUAGCAUCUGAAGCUUAAUAUUGCACAAAGUAACAAUUCUCUUUAAUUUAUUGUGUUAUAUACAUAUAUUCAGUAUUAAUAAAAAGCAUACUCAUUCAAUGCUAUUAGUAAUCCAUUUUAAAGAGGCAAAGUUUUUUGCCUUUUUUGUAUUUUUGAAAUAUUUAUGAAAUCAUAUAAUUAUGUAAGUAAAAGAUGCUAAAUUGUGAACGAUUUUCUAUAUCCCAGUGUCUGUAAAUAACUAUAAUAAAGUUGUAAUAAAGAAUACCGAAUGUGUGACAAAU